CUCUGCUCGCCGGGGCCGGGUCCCGGAGAGCCCCGGCCCGGCUGGCCCGAGCUGCGGCCCGGGGCCCAUUGUCCGGCGGUCCGUCUGUCCGGAGGCGGGGCCCAGGGACCCGGAGCGCCGCGGAGCGCCGAGGCGCCGGAUAGAAAUCACUGGGAUUCAGGCGAGUUUACUUUGCUCCGUGGGAACUGCACCAGAGCUGGAGGUCUGAAAAAGAGCUGUGUUUGAUAUGCAGAUAUGAUAGAAGACUGCCUGAAAGCUGCUUCCUUUGCCACUUCCUGUGGAGGCCUGUCUUUGCCAUUCGCGGUUUCUUUCUUUUGGGAUGUGGUGCCUUUGUCACCCCCAGGAGAGAUAACUUCUUGAACAAAACAUCUGGAGGCUCCCAUUGGUGCAGAUUGCAGGGCUUGACUUCCAGAGGGCAUGUGACACGUCAGCACCUUGCAAGGAGGUAGUGAUAUCCAGUCGUGAAACUGGGAAAAGCCAGAGCUCUUGGAUCAGGGAAACAUGUCCCGUCGAAAACAGACAAAUCCAAAUAAAGUUCACUGGGAUCAAGUAUUUGCUGGGCUAGAAGAGCAAGCCCGCCAGGUGAUGAUGAAAACUGAUUUUCCUGGAGACCUUGGCAGUCAGCGACAAGCUAUCCAACAACUAAGAGAUCAGGACUCCAGUAGCAGUGACAGUGAGGGUGAUGAAGAGGAGACCACACAAGAUGAAGUCUCUUCCCACACAUCAGAGGAAGAUGGAGGGGUGGUCAAAGUGGAAAAAGAGUUAGAAAAUGCAGAACACCCUGUUGGUGGGAACAAAGUAGUAGAGCGUGAGGUCACAGAGAAUUUGAAUUCUGACCCCUUACUUGGACUCUGCCAGUGUCCCCUCUGCCAGCUGGACUGUGGGAGUCGGGAGCAGCUCAUUGCUCAUGUGUACCAGCACACUGCAGCAGUGGUGAGCGCCAAGAGCUACAUGUGUCCUGUCUGUGGCCGGGCCCUUAGCUCCCCAGGGUCAUUGGGUCGCCACCUCUUAAUCCACUCGGAGGACCAGCGGUCUAACUGUGCUGUGUGUGGAGCCCGUUUCACUAGCCAUGCCACGUUUAACAGUGAGAAACUUCCUGAAGUCCUUAAUGUGGAAUCCCUACCACCAGCCCACAGUGAGGGCCCCUCCAGUGCUGAGGGGAAGGACAUUGCCUUUAGUCCUCCAGUGUACCCUGCUGGAAUCCUGCUUGUGUGCAACAACUGUGCUGCCUACCGCAAGCUGCUAGAAGCCCAGACACCCAGCGUACGCAAGUGGGCCCUGCGUCGACAGAAUGAGCCUUUGGAAGUCCGGCUGCAGCGGCUGGAACGAGAGCGCACGGCCAAGAAGAGCCGGCGGGACAAUGAGACCCCCGAGGAGCGGGAGGUGAGGCGCAUGAGGGACCGAGAAGCCAAGCGCCUGCAGCGCAUGCAGGAGACGGACGAACAGCGGGCACGCCGGUUGCAGCGAGAUCGGGAGGCCAUGAGGCUGAAACGGGCCAAUGAAACCCCGGAGAAGCGGCAGGCCCGGCUCAUCCGGGAGCGGGAGGCCAAGAGGCUCAAGAGGAGGCUGGAGAAAAUGGACAUGAUGUUGCGAGCUCAGUUUGGCCAGGACCCUUCUGCCAUGGCAGCCUUAGCAGCCGAAAUGAACUUCUUCCAGCUCCCUGUGAGCGGGAUGGAGUUGGACAGCCAGCUCCUGGGCAAGAUGGCCUUUGAAGAGCAGAACAGCAGCUCUCUGCACUGAACCACACCCUCCUGCCUGCCUUCCCGCUCCGCCGCCCACCUGAGCCCACAGGGAUCAGUGCUGCAGCCACCCAUGGGGUCCUGUCCUUGCUGCCGGAGGCAGGCCCAAGUUUGUUGCAGGUGGACCUGUGUACCCCUCGCAUGUGGGAGCAGGAUGAUGGGGUCAGGAGGGACCCGACUCAAGGCAGCUCUGGAUGAGGGAGCAGGCACUCCAGACACCUUGACUCCCCAGCCCACUGCUGCAGGGCAUCCGCACAGGACUGUGGGGGCCCAGGGUGGCCCACGGAGUUGUGUGGGCAAAUAAAUUAAUUUUAUCUUUA